GUGUGUACUGUAGCCUGGGACGUGUUAUUGGUCUAGACUUGAGCAGUGAAUCAAUCUCUGCUGGUCUUGACAAUUCAAGUAGCCUUUUUAGUCUUCAGUACCUCCAGAACCUGAAUUUGGCAUAUAACAACUUCCAUGGAUCAAUCCCAUACUCAAUUGCAAAUCUUACCCAAUUGAUCUGUUUGGAUAUGUCAAUGAACUAUUUCACUGGAUCAAUUCCAUCAUUCAGCAUGGCCAAGGAUCUGACCGAAAUCAACCUUUCUCACAAUCAUCUAACUGGUGAAAUUACUUCCACUCGUUGGGAAGUGCUCUUGAGUCUUUUCUACCUUGACUUGCGUAACAAUUCACUGGAUGGGAGUAUUCCACUUUCUCUGUUUUCCCUUCCAUCAUUGCUGAAACUACAGCUUUCCAACAACAAAUUUUCAGGGCAACUGCAUCCAUUUUCCGACGUCUCUUCUUUGAAAAUCGUGGACCUUAGCUCUAAUCGACUUCAGGGGCAACUCCCCAUUCUCCCACAAAUGGCCACGUACUUGAAUUUUUCAACGAACAAUUUCAGCGCUGGCAUACCAGCUGGUAUCGGGCUUAAUGCCAAUGCUGCUUGGCCAAUCCCAGAAGAAAUAGUGAUUGACGUUUCCUACAACAAUCUUGAGGGGACAAUCCCCGAAGAAAUAGGAGGAAUCUAUUCAUUAGGAGUUCUCAACUUGUCCAUAAUGCUCUUACAGGCCAAAUCCCAUCAUCUCUGGGAAAACUGAAUCAGCUUAAAUCACUAGAUCUUUCGUUUAAUCACUUGGUGGGGCAUAUUCCAGGAAUUAGAUGUCCGGAAACAUGCUACGAGGGAAACGAAAGAUUAUGUGGCUUCCCACUGCAUGAAGAAUGCAAAGACUCAGGAUCUCAUUCGAAUGAUGACAUUGAGGUUGACUGGAACAUCAUAAUCGUUGAGUUGGGAUUUAUUUAUGGCCUUGGAAUUAUCAUCUUACCGAAUAUAUUUUCAAAGAGGUGGAGGAUAUGGUAUUCCCAACAACUUGAUGACAUUCUUUCAAAAAUCUUCCCCAAGCUGAUUUCUUGAAGAAGAGGCGAAGGCAUUAGUAUAUUUUCCCCCCAGUUUCGAUAUAAUGCAGAAUAAAAAAAAGAAAAUGUGGUCAGGCAAUU